AUGCCUCGUCGCCAUUCGUUGUCGUCCUUCACCAUGACGACUCACACACACAAACAUAUUCCUACCUCGGCUACAUCACAUCCCGACAACCCCAUUCCCACAGAACCCGUCUCAAUUCCGCAAGGAACUAUGUCGCCCUCCAAGCGAUCCGUCCACUCACAAUCACAAUCGCCACGCUCAUCUGGCGACUCACUCGGCGACUCAAUGGCCUGGUCCGAGGGAACUCUCGAGUCUGGAAUCUCCACACCCUCGACCGAAUUGUACGAUCAGUUUGAAGACAUGACUCCUAAAGACAAAAAGAGCUCGAAUGAAACAGAGGGCACCAAGCGUCGCGCCUCGACCCAUCUGAUUACAUCGUCGUCCGAUGACAUUCGCAAGCUGCUUGGCACUGGAGAAACUGGUACCGCCUUCUUGCAAAACUACUGCUGUGGAGCCGCCGCAAACUGCUGCAAACUCAAGGUCCUUCGUCCCGACACGACUCAACCUGGUUUUAUCCCCGUUGUCCUACCCGACAAUGACGCUUUCCGAGCCUUGAACCUCAAAAUCAACGCAUUGACUCUUGAUACUGGCUUGAGCGAGCUUGUAGAACUUCCAAAGCCCAAAUAUUCGCUCGAAUCUGUCUCAAAGGACGAGGCCAACAGUCACCACAGCACCGUCGACGUUCACCCGCCGACUUUCGUCCAGCCCCACCCGCCAUAUGAUGUCUACUCUGCACCAGUAUUCCACGCUCGUCAGCUCACUAACGAGGGAGCCGAGAAGCGCACUGUACACUUUGAUAUCGACAUUACUGAUUACCCAAAGGAAGGUGAUAUCGACUUUAAAGUCGGUGGCGCUGUUGGUAUCUGUCCUCCUAACGACGCCGACGUCGUCGACAGCAUUUUCAACAGGAUUGGUACACCCAAGUUCCUCCGCGACAAAGCCGUGAUGCUCAAGACUGAAGGAGGCCGUUGGCCUACAAUCUGGGGAGACGAAAAGCCUCGUGAGUUGCUCACCACACGUAGAGAGCUUCUGACGUGGUGUGUCGACAUUGCGUCCUCCGCACCAACCAAGCAACUUUUCCGUGUUCUGGGUGAGUAUGCAGACGCAAAGAAUGAGCGCAAGAUUCUCGAAUAUAUGGCUAGUGCACAAGGACAAGGUGCUUUCUGCGACCUUCGUGUCGGACCUAACAUUACUCUUCUCCAACUUCUUGAGGCCUUCCCCUCAUCCAGACCUCCGUUCGAGAUGCUACUGGGUUGCUUGAACCAGCUUAUGCCUCGAUUCUACUCUCUUUCCAACGACCCACACGUAUCUUCAGACAGAGAAGGACUUGCAGGAAGACGUCUCAUCGAGUUUGCAGUCACAGUCCAUGAGAACCAAAACUGGGAUGGAAAGAUGCGUACUGGAGUCGGUUCUGGCUAUCUCGAGCGUGUCGCCCGCCGCUUCAUCGAUGCCGAGAAGAAAGCCAAGCAGUCUGGUGGUGAAGUUGAGAUGCCAAGCGUGCGCAUCCCUAUGUUCCGUGGAUUGAUGGCCAAUCCCCUCUCCAAGAAGUUCAACUCGGAUGGUCCAAUGAUCAUGAUCGGCGCUGGUGUGGGCAUGGCCCCAUUCCGUGGUUUCAUCCUCAACCGUCUUCGCAAUUCAAAGUGUGCCAACAAGAUUUGGCUGAUUCAAGGUGUCCGGGAUUCCACCCUGGAUGAGAUCUAUUCUGGAGAGCUGGGCGAUCACGAGAAGGAAGUCAAGAAGGUCGUUCAGUCCCGUGCUAAGCCUCCACCAGUAAGUCAGGAAGAUGCUGGAGUCGCUGACAUCCAACCAAAGAAAGGUGGUGAGGUGACUGGCAAGGUCGUGUCGGAAUCACAAGCGAACAAGGCAGCCAAGUACGUCCAAGAUGAGGUCCGUCUACAAGCAGAUAUUGUCUGGUUUGUCAUCAAUGCUCUCGACGGCCGCAUCUUUGUAUGUGGAAGCUCGAGAGGCAUGGGUGAAGGUGUAGAGGAAGCUCUCAUCGAUGUGGCCAUGGACAAGGGUAACCUCAACUUCGAGGAGGCCAAAGAUUUCUGGGCACAGAAGAGAGACGAUGGUCAAUACGUUGCUGAAACCUGGUAA